AUGCCACGUCGUGUCCGUGCCCUUGUGGAAGAACUUCGGUCCAUGCCGUCCCGACGGGGAAUGGUAGACUUCAAGAUGCUUGUCCCUCUGGGAUUGACAGCGCUCGUCCUCUCGACGGCGAGCGAAGCAUUCUUCACCUCGGCAGGACGCCUGCGCGCGUCGUCUCAACGCCACCUGCUAUUGCCGUCUUGCGCAGGGCGGCAUAGGGGAGCGGCCCUUGACACGGUAGCCAAGAUGGCAAACGUAACAGUCGGCGAUUGUGUCGACCCGAUGCUGCCGUGUGCGUCGCGUGUAGCCUUGCCGAACGCGUUGCAGACUCGCGGGGGAACCAUCAGCAGCAGCAGCAGCAACAGUAGCGUCGUCGCUGAGGACAAGGGCAGAUCGGCGAGGCGGCGGUUAUCCGUAGUAUGGGGGCGGUACCUAGGCGCCCUCAACGACCAACCGUUGCUGACCAAGGCUCUCUCUUCGGGAGUUGUGUCGGGGACGGCUAACAUCAUCGAGCAGACGCUCAGCGCCGCGAAAUUUAAUUGGGAAGGUUGGGUGGUGUUCUCCCUGACCGGGAUCGUCUUCAAGGGGAUGUUCCUGCACUACUGGUACAACAUCCUUGAUAGGUUAGGAAACGCGAAGGCGGUGACGUCGAGAGUGCCGGGGAAAUGGGGGCGCGUGUCAUUCCAGGUGUUGGUGGACACGAUCAUCGGGGCGACGCUCCUGAACUGUGGCUACUUCGCGGUGCACGAGAUAUUCUCGUCGAUAACGACGGGGAGACUCUUCCCGCUGCCGGGGCUGGGGUUGCGCAUCGUGGAAAAGAUUGCAAGCAGGUAUUCCGUGAUGAUGGUCGCCAACUGCAGAGUCUGGCCGCCGGUGGUGUUCUUGAACUUCGCUUUCGUGCCCCCUGACCUUAGGGUCCUGGUCUCCAAUUUUGUCGCGGUGUUUUGGGGGUAUUUGUUGUCGAAGUGGUGUAGAUAGAGGGUGAGCUUGCGGUUCUGGAGUGAUGGAAGGCCUCCAGGCUUGCUACAACGUAAAGGCGAUCGGUCAAUUUACCAUGACCGAAGUCCCUCGAAUGCCUUGGGGUCCUCUUUCUGCUCCGUUUUUUUCGGGCUCUUGUCCUCCUCGUGCGGACCCUGCCGUGCAGGUCGCCGGCCCGCCGGCGAGUCGUGGUGGCGCGCGGUUUCCGAUUGGUCAAAUAAUCCUUGCGGCGCAGUUUUUUCGACCAAUCAGAGACUGCGUGCCACCGCAGGAGGAGCGCAUAGUAGCCAAAGGACGACUGGGGCCAUCCUGACGCGGCUGCGAGUUGAUGGAAAGGAAGAUGUGGGGGCGUUGGCAAUGCUCACCCGCGUAACAAAGAAAAAGAGAGUUCUGUAUCACUUGGCAAGUUGGGGGGUGCUGUGCCUUGUUGUGUUUGUUCGUUUUCCUUCCCGUGGUGACACGACACGUGUCGCGUUGAGAGAAAGGUGGCACGCACUUGUCUGGUUGGUCAACAAUCACUGCAACGCCAUGCUUUUACCAAUCGGAAAACCGCGUGCCACCGUAGGAAGAGCGCAUAGGAGCCAAUGAUCGAAUGGGGCAGUCUGACGUGGUUGCGAGUUGAUGUAAAGGAAAUUGUGGGGGCGUUGGCAGACACUCCGUAAUAAAGAACAAAAUGUAUCACUUGCAAGUUGGGGGGUGGUGUGCCUUGUUGUGUGUCUUCGUUUUCAUUUCCGUGACCCCAACAUUUGUCCCGCUGUACCCUUCGUGUUGAUAUAUAUUUUGACGGAGCGCCGUGCGCAUUUUUGAGUUUGUUCUGAAAAUGCUCGCCAGUUGUUUUACCAGUUUUGUGUAAACGCAGUUUGUGGUGGAUCCCUAGGCGUGGAUGAUGUGUUGCGGUCGUCGUCGUGAGGCUGAGUGCGAGAUCCAGUGCCAUUUGAUCGGUAAACCUAGUCGGUGUCUGCGAAGGCGUGUGUGUGUGUGUGUGGUGGAGUGUUGGCCUCGAUGUGCGACUUCAAGAGAGUGGUUUUCUGCUUAUUGUUUAUCGAAACGCUUUGGCGGAAAGGCCACGGGUCUGCCAGGUGUCUGCAACACCCCGUGUUGGGUUUGGUUGUCCUGAUGACGAUCGUGCAGAGGCGGGCGUUGAGGCGGAGCGGGCCCAAAAGGAGUGUGAGAUGGGUAGGCUGUCGAGAGGAGGGGAGAGGGCUACAAAAUCAAACUAUCAUGUACGAGGACGUCCGCAGUCGACGAACAGCAGUUUCGGGUGGCUGGGUCGAAACGCUUCUUUGUUUUUUGGGGAGUCACACAUGUAUUCUCCCCGUUUGGUGUGAGAGAGCUGGGGAAAAAGCGAGAACGAUAGAGGGGGAGGGGAGGGGGGCGAGAGGACCGAGAUACAUCUCUCGCUUGUAAAUAUAUCAUGCCUGCUUUGGAACAAGCGUGUUUUCGUCCCGUGCGGGCAGGGUUUGUAUGGGGAUCAACCCCCCAACCGGGAAUUUGGUGGAGGAACAACACAAUUGCUAUGCAAGGCUGUGGGGAGUUCUCUGCGCCGCGAGGACGUUUUCCGCCUCCGUUGUUCGCUAUCUUGGCCGUUGGUUAGCGGCCGUCGGUGAUGAAUGUGUGAAGGCACCUGGCGUUUUCCCCUUAUGGUCGUGUGAAGAACCGGGGGGAGAUACACUGCCUGCUGGUGUCAUUUUGUGUGCAUGUUGCAUGGCAAGGUGGGGGUGUUGAAAUAGUGGAGAGAGCUGUAGUUGUAGCGCCCAAUGCACAGCCACAUAAUGUUCCACAUCAUGGGUUUUUUGUCCGCGCGCAUCUGAAGGCUUGCAUCUCACC